AACGCUUCGCUUCACUCUCCUCUCUCUCUCUCCCUGUGUCGCGUAGUCUAGACUGUGAUGGAGUAUUUUAGAACUACCUUAAUAAACGUAUUAUCUUCGCAAUUUCUUUACUCAAUCCAUCUGUAUCCCAGCUGACAUUAAAAAAAAGCCCCAUUAAAUCUCCUCUACCUCUGUGCCACACCUUCAUUUUAUCCUUCCCCAUUCUUCCAUUCAAAUUCAUUUCCACAAAGGAAAAGAACCCUAGUAAUAAAAAUGCCUUCUUCUUCUCUCCUGAUGUUGCUGAUACCAACAUUGGGAUUGCUUCUUCUGUUGGGGUCUGUGACGGCGGCCGGGGGGGCCUUCGACGGGAACUUCUACAAGAAUUUCGAGAUAGUGUGGGGAGACGGCCGUGCGAGAGUGCUUAAUCACGGAAAGGUUUUAACUUUGUCGUUAGAUCAGGAUUCUGGAUCGAGUAUCAGAUCCAAGAAUGAGUAUUUGUUUGGGAGGUUCGAUAUGCAGAUCAAGCUUGUCCCUGGAAAUUCUGCUGGCACUGUUACUUCGUUUUACUUAUCAUCCCUAGGAUCGAACCACGAUGAAGUUGACUUUGAAUUCUUGGGGAAUUUGAGUGGUGACCCUUACACUCUUCACACCAAUAUAUUCGCCAAUGGAGGCGGAGGAAGAGAGCAGCAGUUCCAGCUGUGGUUCGACCCAACUGCUGAUUUCCACACCUAUUCCAUCAUUUGGACACCAAACAGCAUCAUCUUAUCCGUAGAUGAAACACCCAUACGAGAAUUCAGAAAUCUAGAGAAAGGGGGUGUUCCAUAUGCGAAUAACCAGCCAAUGAGGUUAUAUGCGAGUUUAUGGAACGCUGAGUACUGGGCCACAAGGGGUGGCGCAGUCAGAACAAACUGGACCUACGCUCCCUUCACUGCUUCCUACAGGAAAUUCGAAGUCGAUGCCUGUGUUUGGUCUUCCGGAAAAUCUUCUUGCAAAUCAAAUUCAACCUCAUUUGGCUCCACCAGCAGUGAUGGUGAUGGUGAUGGUGCCGGUGAUUUUUUGUAUACAGAGGAAUCAGAUUUCUUUGUCCAAGAGAGCAUCAAAUGGGUACAAACACACUACAUGGUAUACAACUACUGCACUGAUUGGAAAAAGUACCCCCAGGGCAUUCCAUAUGAAUGCUUUGUUGCCCAAUCCAGGAAUAACGGUGUAGUAAACAGUUGAUUGUGUCCCCCUGUAAUUGAUACGAGUCAAUUUUUUUGUGUUGGGGGGUGUGCUUGGUGUGUCUGUAAUUACUGGAAUUAUUACGCAAAUUAAUUAUUACCACGCGAUGAAUUUGUUCUGUCCA